AUGAUUCAACUCACUCCGAGACGGCAUGAGCUGAUAUCGGUGUUUAUGGUGUCGUUAGGUACGACAUUCAUGUUUUUGGGAUAUGACGUUCAAGCUAUGAUGGCUGAAAGUGUUCUGCAUUCAGUUGCCACAAAAAACCCAGAAAGGAUAAGUGAGUAUGCUGGCUACUAUGGGUAAGCACCUUUGUCUCAUUCUAAAUUUGGUCUUGUCGUUAUAGCCAAGCUAUUCAUUAUAUUUCCUUUGCAUUCUUUUCUCUUUUCACCGCAACGAUACAGCACUACAUAUCGUCAAAGACUAUGCUGGUACUCUCCUCGGUGCUCUUUGCCACCUGCUACACUGCUUAUAUUCAUAUAAACUCUUUCAUAUUUUAUUCAUCGCAACUAUUAUUAGGAUUUGCAUAUGCUAGUAAGAUAGAACUUACAGUGUCGAACUUUAUUUCUGUUUGCAGUGUAUAAUAACGCAGAAGGAAUGUAUCUUUCUGAGCAUUCAUCUCGACGAACGAUAGACUCGAACUCUGCGUUAGAAACGGGGCUUGGUCACACAAGUCUUCUUUUCGGAGGAGUUACAAUGCUCUGCGUAUUCCAUUUUGUCCCACACACUUUUGAUGGUCAUUUCUUGAACUUCGAUGAGAACGUUGUUCAAGUAAUCUACAUCUCUCUGAUGUCGCUGACAGUCGUGUCAGUUAUUCUUUUCUCCAUUUUACCAACUAAACAGUUUGACUCGAUUGCUCUGAACACGCCGAGAGUCACGCCAACUAUCAAGUCGCAGUUCAGUAAGUUCCCACUUUGAGCAAAUGUUCCAAAGAAGGUAAAUUCAGAGCGGUUUGGGGAAUCUUUCACCCAUAUGAACACUUGUCUUCUUAGCUUUACCUAUGUCUACAUGGGCUGUAUGGUGUCUUUUAUGUAUGGCGUUUACCCGACAUCCCUAUCCUUCACUUCUGAAACUGCGUCCGACGUUUACAUAAUACCAUUAUAUCUACUAUCAUCUGGAUUGGCUGCAUUUUUGAGUGAGUUUUGUACAACAGGAAUCCGUUUGGUAAGAAACAGGAAAUAUGUUUUUCCAUUCAUUUGGAUCAAAUAUGGAAAAGGAAAAGUGAUGAUAAGUUGAUGUCAUCAUGAAUAGAUUCCGCAAUGAGAAUGACGUCAGAUUAGUCCGAAAACCAAACCGUCAUCAGUUCUAAACUGAUUAUUCGACAUUUCUUAGAGAAAUUGAAAGCAAGAGAUUUGUCUACAGGUGCGAUAUUCAUAAGGCCAAUGAUCAAAAGAUUACACAAGUACAAGCUGAUUGUACCGAUGGCAAUUCAUUGUUCAGCUAUGGUUACUGUGCUCUCACUCAUAUACUUUUCGGUUCCAAACGAGGCAACUCAACGACCCACAAGUAAUAUGGCUGUAACCAUAAAGCCAAGGUAGGCAGGCUCUUGAACCAGGCAGUUCUGAAUAUGAGUUUUCAGCCGAUAUCUGUCGCUUGUUAUUGGUUUCCUCCUAGGUUUUGCUGAUUUUACAAUAACCAUGACUAGAUCUGUAAUCUGUCAAAUUGCCGUUCCUGAAUACAGGGCCGAAAUUUUCAGCGUUACCCGUAUUUAUCAGGUUCUAGUUCUGAACAGAUAUGGUAAUGUAAUUUGAGUUUCAGUGCGUUGCUUCGUGCUCAAUACUUUUUAUAUCGCCAUAUUUGACAGCAAAUGUUUGGAUUUCCAUACUCCUCGUUGGACUUAUUGCUGGCACGUCUGCAGUCUUGACAGUAUUAUGCAGGACACACAACAAUACAGUUGCAGCGCCAAUCGAGCCAUUGAAGGAAGAUACAUUUGA